GUGAACUGCUGCUUUGCGAGGCAAAUAUGGUUUUGAAGUACACACAAGAUGAUGGAUCAAACCGUGGCACCUAUGGGAAACUUAUAUGCACAAAUUUCAAGAUUUCAUUCCUUGGUGAAGAACCUGCUUUGGAGGAUGAUGAACUAGAAUUUUAUAAUAAAAUCAUUGGGGAAAAUGACAUCACUCUUCAGUGUGUGGACCAGCUUUAUGGAGUUUAUGAUGAGAGAAAGAAACCCCUGAAUGGUCAACUGAGAAAAUACCCAGAGACGAUGAUAAUCUACUGCAAAGAUCUCAGAGUGUUUCACUUCUGCUUGCGAUACACCAAGGAGGAAGAAGUAAAACGGAUCGUCAGUGGCAUAGUUCAUCAAACACAGACUCCUAAGCUAUUUAAACGCUUGUUUCUGUUCUCUUAUGCAACAGCUGUACCAAGUAAAGCAGAAAAAAAGAAUCAGACAGUGAUGUUUGAUUCUAUUAAUGACUGGCGUCAGGAACUGGAACGAACCAAAGGAAACCUGAAAUUCAAAGCAGUGAGUUCCAAUGAAAACUACAAUGUUUCUAAAAAGUUGCCAGCAUACUUCGUUGUUCCCAUGUCUGUCCCUGAAGAGGACCUUUCGGAAUAUGAAGGAAGAGGAAUUCCAAUUUGGUGUUGGUCUUGCCACAAUGGUGCUGCUCUCCUCAAGAUGUCUACUCUGCCCAAAGCACAAGAUGACAACGCUCUGCAAACACAGAAAAUCUUCUUAGAGGAUAUGUAUAAGACACUUGAUAACCCUCCUUAUGAAGCCAUGAAAGUUGAUGUCCUGUCAAGUAGUCUUCCGUCUCUGCAAGAGAUCCAAAUUGCAUACACAAGAUUUAAACAGCUGUUUCUGAUAGAUAACAGUACAGACUUCUGGGAUACUGAUGUGAAAUGGUUUUCAUUAUUGGAGAGUACAAAUUGGCUAGAAAUUGUAAGGAGAUGCCUGAGAAAAGCAGUAGAGAUUAUUGAUUUGCUAGAAGCAGAGAAUACAAAUGUUCUCCUUAUAGAAGAGAAUGCUUCUGACCUGUGUUGUGUAAUCUCCUGCCUGGUUCAAGUUAUGAUGGAUGCACACUGCAGAACUAAGCUGGGAUUUCAGAGUCUUAUUCAAAAAGAAUGGAUCAUGGGAGGACAUGCUUUUCUGGAUCGGUGUAACCAUCUGUGGCAAACUGAUAGAGAGGAGGCACCACUUUUCUUGUUGUUCUUGGAUUGUGUAUGGCAGUUGGUUCAACAGUAUUCACUAGCCUUUGAAUUUACAGAGACUUACCUAACUGUCUUGUCGGAUAGUCUGUACAUUCCAAUAUUUAGCACCUUCUUCUUCAAUUCUCCGCAUCAAAGAGACACUACCAGGUAUGGAGGAAGCCUUAAUACAGAAGGCACCAAACUUAGUUAUCUUCACGUUUGGGACUGGUCUGUGCAGUUUGGACCUGAGGCACAAGCCUUGCUGAAUAAUCCUCUUUAUGCUGAGAAGCCAAAACAAGUUAAGAGUCAGAAAAAACCUACACAAUUCAAGCAUCAACGGCAGCUUUCCUUACCACUGACACAAACAAAACCGUCCCCCAAAAGAGGGUUUUUUAAGGAAGAAACGGACCAGUUAAUAAAAAACCUCCUUGGCAAAAGGAUCAGCAGGCUGAUAACAUCUGCUGACGAACUGCAGAAUACCUCCAGAGAAUUUUAUGAGAGUUGGCACUCCAAACCUGCUGAUCUCCAUGGAAUCCUGCUGCCACGCUUAGAAGGACCAGAAAUCAAAGUGUGGGCGCAGAGAUACUUGCGAUGGAUCCCUGAAGCUCAGCUGCCUAGUGGUGGGACAGUUGCCACUGCAACAAAAGUCUGGGAAGUGAUGGAGGAUGUGCAAGGUUUGCAGAAGCAAAUGGAUGAAAAACGCAACCAGAGUCUCUCAGAGGAGGGCGCUGCAGCAGAGGCUCCCUUCCAGAGAAAUCCUGCUCGCCUGUCUGCUUUAUUUCCAUUUGCUGGGCUUCAAAGACAUUCCCUCAAGCCAGUUUUACCUACGAGCACCUGGAAAGAUUUGGAAGGUGAGGACUUGGCUAGGAGAGAUGAUGAGUAUGUUGAUUUAGGGGAUGUUUGAUGUGAGGCUUAUGCUCACAAACAGAAAUGAAAGUACUGGCACACUUCUCUCCAAACAUAAAAUUGGUUUCCUGGCAGUGGCUUUCCCUUCUGCCCGAUGAAGCUUUUAGCAUAUGAAGAUUUCCUCACUUGAGCACCCGCAAUAUUUUCUACACGAGUUUUGAUCAAGCAUUUUAAUUAGUUCUUUCCAUAAGCAUGGGAGAUACAUAGCUGUGUUGCAUAGGGCCCAGUUGAAAAAUAAAGUAAAAUACAAAUUAGUUGCUCAAUCAUGGAAAGAGUUAAGGUGUUGGGGCACUCUCAAAAUCAUAAUAAACUUCUUGUUGGAACAUAAAGGGGUGGUGGUCUCAGAAAUAUCCACCAGAAUUUAAAAAUUUCCUAGUCAGGUAAGAGUGUCUUCCAGGCACAUCUUAUAAUGCAUAGAAAAACAUGUGCUGUUUGAAAGACACCCCCCGGCGUUUCUAAGAAGAAUCAGGUGCCAUGUUUAGUUUUGUUUUUAGUUUUUAAUGAACUUGACAGGGUCAUACCUGCCUUUUUAAAACUCCCAACUAGAGAAAUACUAGGUGUUUCUCUCAUUCAUCCUACUUGUUCUGAUCAUCCAUGAUCUUCAGAAUAAUUCAUUGUUGUAUCUUAAUAAGUGUCUUAGUUUUCAGUAACUUAAGAUAACAAUCUCUUGUGCCAGUCCUCUUUUGUUUCCAUCAUGUUAUUAUCCUGCUGCCUUGGUCUGGAACACACACUACCAAGUACAGGAUGGGGUAGAACUUAAAAGAUGGCAAUAAGCCAGACUUUUUCUUCCAGAUUGCAUAGGGUGCUCAUGUUGAUCUUCCUCACUAGCGCCAGUAGCUUGCACUGAAUCUCAAGUCCUUACUUUAGGAAAGGCAACGAAAGAGCUAUAUUCAGCUUUGAAACUGGAUUUGUCAUCCAGUACUGCUAUUUUAUAUAAACGUGACAUUAAAGCUAGCUAUGAAUGUAAAGUUUAUGCAUUGGAGUUGAAUUGCUGGAUGUUGUCACAACAGUACCUCAGUUAUAAAAGCCAUAUGAAAACUGCUUAUUAAGUUUUGUCUGCCUAUACCAAGCAGAUAAUUCAGCUCUGAAAUAGAGGCUUUGAGAAGUCAAGAGGGUAAAGUCUUAAUGUACAUAAAUCCAGAAGUAGCCCACAAGAUAGAAUUGGCUCUUAGUAACCCUUCCUCCUUGGAGGGCUGGAGCUUCAUGGAUAUGACAGUGCACAAGUGGUUAUUGUACUAGCCCAAUGAGAUUCUAGGUACAAUUUUAAAUCAUUGCCUUGGAGUAUAUCCCAGUGUGCUAUACCUGCUUGUUUUUUACGUUGCAUUGGGAGCUAAGAUUUGACUUCCAAAAGAGUGGAUAAUGAAUUGGUGUAAAUCAGGGUAGCUAGCCUGUGGCUCUCCAGAUGUCAUUGGACUCCAAAUCUCAUCAGCCUAAGCUGAUGGGAGUUGUAGACAACAUCUGGAGAGCUACUUAGAGCUACCCUGGUAUAGAUGAAUGCCAAAUGGAAACCUCAGAAUCUAUGUUGCCUUAUGCAUUUUGCUACUGUAAGCUCCUUGAGCUUUCAGUAUUCUUAAAACACAAUAAUUCUAUUUGUAUAUGAGCCUUCCGAAAGCUAGCAUUGCACACUUUUGUUUCUUCAAAUUUAUUUAGCAUUUAUACAGGAGUUUCUCUCCAAUUAGUACAGGCUGUACAUUUUAUAGCUACUUGAUUAUGAUUUUGAGUUCACUUUGGGUGAAAAACACUAACGAUGGAAAGGUUGUUUUUUAAAAAACAUUUCCUUUGACAGCUAAACAGUUGUAAUAUAUUGGUCGUGGAAAUGUAUUUAUAUUUAAGUAUUGUGUAUAUAGGAAACUCAUGGAUAUAUGGAGGGAUUUUUAUAAUGGCUUAUGGAACUGCUCCACUCUAAUAGGAACGAGUAUGGUAUUGAUAUGAUCAGAACACACCACUGUGGAUGGAAACAUAUUUAAUUCACUAUACUGAAUUUUCUGGUAUUCUGUUUUAUACCUCCCAGUUUUACACUGAAUACAAGCUUAGCAUUAACAGUACUAAAGGAAAAAAACCUCUUCCUGUUUACUUUAAUGGACUAUUUGGACAAAUGUAUUUGUUUAAUAAAGUGUACUUUUACUAUU